ACAAAUUACAUUCACAAAUUUAGAGAAAAAUGGCACCAAAAUCUGAGAAAAAGCCCGCAGAGAAGAAGCCAGCUGAGAAAACCCCUGUAGCCGAGAAAGCUCCGGCGGAGAAGAAGCCAAAGGCUGGGAAGAAGCUCCCAAAGGAUGCUGCCGCCGGUGACAAGAAGAAGAAGAGGUCGAAGAAGGCUGUUGAGACUUACAAGAUCUAUAUCUUCAAAGUUCUGAAGCAGGUUCAUCCUGAUAUCGGUAUUUCAAGCAAAGCUAUGGGUAUCAUGAACAGUUUCAUCAAUGAUAUCUUUGAGAAACUUGCUCAGGAAGCUUCCCGACUUGCCCGCUACAACAAGAAGCCUACUAUAACUUCUCGGGAAAUUCAGACGGCUGUUCGAUUGGUCCUUCCUGGUGAAUUGGCUAAGCAUGCCGUCUCUGAAGGCACAAAGGCUGUUACCAAAUUCACUAGCUCUUAAGAAUUUGAAUAUCUUUACUGUGUUAGGGUUUGAUGAUAGGUGUAAAAACAGUUCCUUGUAGUUGUACGCAUCUUGUGUUAUGUGGAUUGCUAAUCAAUCAUCUAUGAAAUUUGGGUUGUUAAUUGAACUCUUGAUCCAAGUUCUU